GGAUUUAAGUCAUAAUCACUUAUUGUCAUCCAACUGGAGCAUUGAUUUGUCUGUCCAUACACUCCAAGAAGUGAAAAUGAAUUACAAUGAGCUGAGUGAAAUUCCCUAUUUUGGAGAAACAACUUCUAAUAUCACUCUCCUCUCCCUGGUGCACAAUACCAUUCCAGAAAUAAAUGCUGAGCAACUCCAAGUUUACCUUUCACUGGAAAAUCUGGAUCUUAGUUCUAAUCUUAUCUCAGAAAUUAAAGCUUCUUCUUUUCCAAGGAUGCAACUGAAGUACCUGAAUCUGAGUAAUAACAGAAUAACUACUCUGGAAGCAGGCUGCCUUGAUAACUUAUCUAGCUCUCUAAUGGUAGUGAAGCUGAACAGAAACAGGAUUAGUGUGAUCCCACCAAAGAUCUUCAAAUUGCCUCACGUGCAGUUUCUGGAACUGAAGAGGAACCGGAUUAAAAUAGUGGAGAGUCUGACAUUCCAAGGACUGGAAUCCCUAAAAUCCUUGAAAAUGCAGCGCAAUGGGAUUAGCAGGCUGAUGGAUGGAGCCUUCUUUGGCCUAGGCAAUAUAGAAGAGCUGGAACUGGAACAUAACAACUUAACAGAGGUAAACAAGGGCUGGCUGUAUGGGCUGCGGACGCUGCAACAACUCUACGUCAGCCAGAACGCCAUUAACAGGAUCAGCCCAGAUGCAUGGGAGUUCUGCCAAAGGCUUUCUGAGCUAGACUUGUCAUACAACCAGCUAACUCGCCUCAAGGAGUCUGCCUUCGUGGGACUUGGUUUGUUGGAGAAGCUAAACCUGGGUGACAACCACAUCAAUCACGUUGCUGAUGGAGUGUUCCGGGGGCUGGCAAACCUGCGAACCUUGGACUUGAGGAACAACGAGAUCUCCUGGGCCAUGGAAGAUGCAAACGAAGCAUUUGUGGGACUCAGCAGGCUGGAUAAACUAAUCUUGCAAGGAAACCAGAUUAAGUCAAUUACCAAAAAGGCAUUCUCUGGUCUUGAAGGACUUGAACAUCUGGAUUUAAGCAACAAUGCAGUAAUGUCCAUCCAAGAAAAUGCAUUUGCUCAGGCUCAGCUGAAGGAGCUAGUUUUGAACACUAGCAGCUUGCUCUGUGAUUGCCAGUUGAGAUGGCUGCAGCAGUGGCUCACCGCCAGCCGUUUCCAGCAGGCCACAGUAAAUGUUAGCUGUGCUCAUCCCGAGUGGUUAGCAGGACAAAACCUUCUCAGUGUGGACCCUGAUGACUUUGUCUGUGACAACUUCCCCAAGCCACAGAUCAGAGUGCAUCCUGAGACCACAGUUGCCCUGCGAGGCAUGAAUGUGACUCUGACCUGCACUGCUGUCAGCAGCAGUGACUCCCCCAUGUCCACUGCCUGGCGUAAGGACAGUGAAGUGUUGUAUGAUGCAGAGGUUGAGAAUUUUGCCAGAUACCAGCAGCAAGGUGGUGAGGUGGUUGAGUACACCACAGUCCUGCACCUUUCCAAUGUGAAUUUCACUGAUGAAGGGAAGUAUCAGUGCAUUGUCACCAAUCACUUCGGCUCCAAUUACUCCAACAAAGCCAAGCUGACUGUCAAUGAGCUACCAUCUUUCCUGAAAACCCCCAUGGACCUCACCAUCCGCACCGGGGCCAUGGCCCGGCUGGAGUGUGCUGCAGAGGGCCACCCCACACCCCAGAUCUCCUGGCAGAAAGAUGGUGGCACAGACUUCCCUGCUGCCAGGGAGAGGAGGAUGCAUGUCAUGCCUGAGGACGAUGUGUUCUUCAUUGCAAAUGUCAAAAUAGAAGACAUGGGAAUCUACAGCUGCAUGGCACAGAACACUGCAGGGGGGUUGUCAGCAAAUGCCACACUGACCGUGCUGGAAACUCCUUCUUUCGUGAGGCCCCUGGAGGACAGGACAGUAACCCGAGGGGAGACUGCAGUCCUGCAGUGCAUCGCUGGGGGCAGCCCUGCCCCUCGCCUCAACUGGACGAAGGACGACGGCCCCCUGGCUGUCACCGAGAGGCAUUUCUUUGCUGCAGCAAACCAGCUCCUGAUCAUCGUGGAUGCUGGGCUGGAGGAUGCUGGAAAGUACACUUGCAUCAUGUCCAACACUCUGGGCACUGAGAGGGGCCACAUUUACCUCAAUGUCCUGGCUUCCCCAAACUGUGAUUCUGCCCAGGGUGGCAUUGCCCACGAGGAGGAUGGUUGGACCACGGUGGGCAUCGUGAUUAUCGUGGUGGUGUGCUGCGUGGUGGGCACCUCCCUGGUGUGGGUUAUUGUCAUCUACCACAUGAGAAGGAAGAGUGAGGAUUACAGCAUCACUAACACAGAGGAGAUGAACCUGCCUGCAGACAUUCCCAGCUAUCUGUCCUCCCAGGGAACUCUGUCAGAGCCUCAGGAAGGCUACAGCACCUCGGAGGCAGGCAGCCAUCAGCAGCUCAUGCCUCCAGCUGGCAGCUACGUGCAUAAAGGCACAGAUGGUGGUGCAGCACCAUUGGUGAUCUGCUCAGACUGCUAUGACAACGCAAACAUCUACUCCAGGACACGAGAGUACUGUCCCUAUGCCUACAUCACAGAAGAGGACUCCCUGGAUCCAGCUCUCCCUAACCUCAUGGUGCAGAUGCCAAAGGAAACGUACCCAGCACGUGCCCAGCAUGAAAGCAGUGCUCUUGACAAUCUCUUGGCAGACAGAGACAUGUCUGUCUUCCUCACCAACCAUGACAAAAUGAGUGAAAAGAAAAUCUCCUCCCAGCAGGUGAAUGAACCCUUUCAGCUGCCUCUGUGGGGAGUGAACAAGGACCUGGCUCUCUCUCACUCUCACUUCCUGCACCAGCAGGCAGCCCGGGAGCCCCCACGGGCGCUGUGCGGCGAGGGCCUGGCUGACGGUGACCGGGAGCCAGCUGCUUCGCCCCGGCCCUGCCACAGGCUCCGGGAGCAUCACUUGGACUUCAGCAGGACACGGAACAGUCGUGACCACAGUGACACCACGUAAGGCACUUACUGAAGCCUUGAAUCCAGGCCCUCUCCAUUGACUUGUAUUUACUACCUCAGGACUAAGCCCAAGGCCAAAGACCCUUCGUGUCCCUGUGCCUGCAGUCCCAGCCCCGCUCAGCAGAGUUGGGCUCUCCAGGAGGAGGUGGCACCUGCCCUUCUUGCAUUUCUGUGUUCAUAGGGUGUUAGGGGUUGGAAGGACCUUUGAAGAUCAUCGAGUCCAACCUCCCUGCCAGAGCAGGACCGUAGAAUCCAGCACAGGUCAUACAGGAGCACAUCCAGAUGGGUCUUGAAAGUCUCCAGAGAAGAAGACUCCACAACCUCUCUGGGCAGCCUGCUCCAGUGCUCUGUGAGCCUCACAGGGAAGAAGUUCCUCCUCAUGUUGAGGUGGAACCUCCUGUGCUGUAGCUUAUAUCCAUCACCCCUUGUGUUGACAAAUGGGAGUGUGCAGCAGAGAACAUGUGGAUGAUGAGUGGUAUCUGCAAGAAUGGCAUUAAACCACUGAUUCUCUGAUGCUGGAAGCAGCCUUUGUGCUGUUGCAUGCUUUGGGAAUCUCUCCAGGAUGCAUAGCUCUGUCAACACUGCUUUGGCUGCUGGGAAGCAAGGGUCCAGGGCCUCCUCAUGGAAUUCCCCAGUGGUUGUGAGCAUGAAGCUCUUGGCCAGGUUUGUGUUCCUUAGGCUUGGCAGGCAUCUGUUACCAGUCUCACUUUGGGGCUUGUUCUCUCCUCUGAAUAAUGAACUCAAGUUGUAAAUAAAUUAGCAUUUAUAAAUAUUUUGUAUACACCAAGCAUUUAAAUGUGUUGGCUGUAAUGUAAAUAUAUUUUUUAUUAUGCCAAAGUAUGUAUCACACUGUUAGUCUUGACAGCUACAUAUCAAGCCAUAGGGGGUUUGGGUGGGCCUGGAAAGUUGUUUCUGAGGGGAUGGAGCUGCCUUUGUGUUGGAAAGAAGUUGAGCUUGCUGUAGUUAGGUGGUGAAACUGUGAUAUUGCUGAAUUUCCUUGUUACAAGCAACUCCAUGUGCAUUAAGCCUGGCUGACCUGACUGCAAGCUGAUCCAUUUCAUGACAGAAUCCCAAAUGUUCAGGACAGAAUCCUGUUGGGAGUGUUGGCAGAGUCCUUAAACCUCUCUGCUGGACACCUGCCUUGUCUAGCAGAGCACAAAGCCCACCAGACCCCUUGUUAACAGUGGCCUUCACCUCUGCUGCAGCUGCAGCAUCCAGCCUCCUGGAAGGUCUGGUAAAGAGCAGUGCACAAAAAUGAUUCCUUCUGGUCAGAGAGCUGUGAGAUGAGAUUUGAGUGGUUUGUUUCAGAAGUGUCUGUUGCAGAGAGGUCUCCAUCUAUUUUUUUUUUCCCAGCUGACAGUGAAGUGAACUUUAAAGAAGGAUGUUGUGAUGAGAAGCAGUGGAUAAAUUGGGAGAGCAUUUAGCAGCUACUUAGUGAACUCUACUGUGGGUGUUCUGUUCCCUCUGCACAGCCAAGAGGCAUGUGUAGUUUAAAACACUUGUCUCCUUCCUGCUGUGAAAUAUCAGGCAAAAUUGUUGCCCUCUUGAACUCUGAUAGUUCCCUAGACCUCAGGGUGGCCAAAGUGUUUAACUACUUGACAGGUGAGAAGUGAAGAUGGAGCUUCACCCACUGAGUGUAGAAAAUCCAGUACUGACUGAGACAGGAAGCUCAGGCUGUUGGUUGUGGUGGGAUAUGACUGACAAAAUGAGGAGGAAGAACAUUCUAAAGACCUCCUGACAAGUUCUUUCUUCUGGGACAAAUGCACCUUUGUGCAAAGGGGCUCAAGACUCCUCAGUGAUGGCUUUUGAGCACUAUGUUGAGCUCAGCUGUGGAGCUCCUCAACCUCUUGCUGUGUGCUCACACCUGGAGAGCCAAAGGCUUCCUUCCUUCCUAGCCAUGGUUGUGUUUGUCAAGCCAUGGGGUAUGCUAUAAAAUGGAAACAGCUGCCUGGUGUGUUUUUAUGCAGAGAGGGAAGCUUUUUGGACCAGCCCAGGAGAGGUAUGCAAGGCUCCCAUUGCCCUGUUCCUGGAGAGAAGGGAGUGUGACUGAGGGAGCAGAUGCAGUUGUGCAAAAUCACAGUUCAGCUCUGGAGGCUGUGGAUUCUUUGAGCAGAUGAGUGAGGGAACACUGGGAAUAAUUAUUUUCCCACAGCUCUUUUGGGCAUGAGUAACAGUCAGAUGUCUGCAAAUGAGCAAAUAUCAAGGGCUCUUACCAUGCUCUCGUGGCAGCUGUGGUUGCUUUGAUAGCCAGCAGCUUCAGUCAGAAGAGGAUCCAAUUGUCCCUGACCUUUGGGUAGAGUGGGAGCACAGGUGUGUGAAACUCUGUGGGGCUCUGUCAUAUGAAAUGUUUUAGUAACAUACGUACCACGAAAAGAAUUUUAAGCUCAUUCCUUUGUGGUUUCAUUUCCUCCAGGCUUUUCCUUUCCAGGCAGCAUUUAAGACAUGGUGCUUGUUUUCAAUCCAGAGUUGUCUCUGUUGCAGAAACCCAGUACUGUCAGUUUAGAUCCAGAUGAGAAAGGUCAUACCAUGAAAGCCUUGUCCUCUUGGGCUGCUGCUGCUCUUCCAGAUCCUCACCCAGGCUGCAUGGCAGAGCUGCUCAGUGUGUGCAGAGCCACCAUUUCCCACUCCUGCUGCCCUCUCCCAUCCCUGUCUGGCAAAGGCCUCUUGCUCUUCCUUUCCUCCCUAUCUCCUGCAGAGCUGAGCUCACACAGGUCACAGGAGAGCUGGGGGUGUCCUGGCCAUAGCUGUACCUCGGGCACAGGACCAAAGCCUUAAAAUCAGUGGGGUCUGUACCACAACAAACCCAAGUGCUCUUGAAGCCAUCUUAGGACUUCAGUGAGGUGUCAGCCUGCCAGUGCUGCUGUUAGGAGCUGGGACAUUUGCAUCCUUCAGAGUCCACGAGCUGGUUGUAAAUAGCUGUGCUCAGCCUGGGAAAAGCCUCCUAGGCAGACCUGCAGGAAAAAUCCAGGUCUCUCCUUUCCCCUCUCCUCCAGCAGUGCAGACAGGACUGUGGCCAUUCAGUUUCCAGUGAACACAACCAGGUUUCUUCAGUCAAUGCCAAAGUGCUAACAGACAGGAGCUGGGGGGGUCAGAAGGCAGCAUGAGCAGAGCUGCUGGUGUUCCCUGUUGCUGUUUCCUGGUGUCUGUUUAUAUUUUUUUCACAUAAGAAUGUAUAUUUUGUAUAGCAUGUGUAAUAUAUG